GAGAAGUACAAGGCAAGAUAUCACCACGAACAGAAGGGGGUGAAACGAAAGGAGGUGCAUGUGGAACAACUGCUGAUGAAAUACCAGAAAACAGUUGUCGACAGUGUUCUACUGAGCAUGUUCCUCAUUCAAGAUGAAAAUACUAAAGAAGACAGGAGAGACCACAGAGGCCGGCUGAGAGGGAAGUAGUGCGAAUUAGGAAGAAAGAGCCGAUAUCAGAAAACAGGGCCUAACUGCAGCUCUUUUCAAAUUCAGCUCAAGCAUUUCGCAUUUUCAUCCGUGAGCUUUGAACUCUUUGUUCCGUAAUUUCUACUGGAAAAGUGCAGGUUUUCAUGAGCCACAAUGCGGCCGGAUUCCACUGGACAAGAAACUUUUGAUCCCUGUUUUUAAAUUAAACUAAAAAGCGAACUUUGAAGGGAUCGUUCUUCUCCCUAAGACCACUGGAAACCAAACGUUUAGCUGAAGUCCAGUUUAUGAUUGACAGCUGUUUUCUCGUGAACUAAGCAAAUUAUUUGAACAGUUCCAACAAGGAUUGUGAUUAGCUUAUUUUAGCGUGCUUUAUGAGAGUUCAGCUGCACGCUUACGCCACUUUUACUCGUUUGGAAAAUAAGGUUUGGGUUGAAAUAUUAGCCAAAAGCGUGGGAAAUGAAUGGAUCCUUUAUCAUAAAACAAAUAAAGAAGCCUCGACUGUGCUCUGUUCGGUUGUAAAGCACUUUGGACGCGGUAGAGCACGAAAGAAGUAGGGAGAAACACUCAACUACGUCUCGUGUUACCCUCUACUCUUCUUUCGUGCUCUACCGCUUCCUCCAUGUUUUACAACCGAACAGAGCACAGUCGAGGCUUCUUUAUUUGUUAAAUAUAAAAUUAAAAUCAGGCUCAAUGUUUUAUCUUACUAUCUUUUAUCCAAAAUCGCCCAAUCAAUCUUUUUCUCAAGAAAAACACCCUUCUUUAAAAAAGAGGCUUAAUGCCUGAUUAUCUUACCGAAUUGUAGGUACGUCAUUUAUCGUAAAUUUGUUUUGUGCUGUGGAUCGUAACAAAACAAACUUGCUGGAUUAACCUAACCAUUACUGUUGAGAGUUUACUGGAAUGUUCCUACCUACAGAGGCUCACUCACAAAAAAGUAACUACUGCACGCCUUGCUUGCCCAAGUUUAAAUUUUGUAGUUCCAACAAUUUUGUUAAAGUGGAAACGCAAUCAAUGUUUACAGAGCCUGACGCUAAAAAGGAACCUAACGAAGGAGACACACAAAAGACAACAGCAGCGGAGAGUCAAUUUCCAGCGUCACAAGGCGCAGAAGGCAAAAGUCAAGAUGAAAACUUUGACCAAGAAAAGAAACAACCUCAUGGAGGAGGCGGGAGAGGAGCAUCCGGCCGGAAAAGCGACAAAGGUCAAGGGCUGUCGUCGCCUGGAAAAGGCAAACCGUCAUGUAGAAACCAAGAACAACGUCCAGGAAGGCCUUUUGCAAUGAAUGCUGAUUCCCAUUCAUCACCACAAGACAAAUCGCAGCCCCCUCCUGUUCGUACAUUUUCCCUUGCAAAAUGUGUCCUAGACCUGAAAACGUUAAAAGAGAUGAAUCCCAGUAAUGUAGUCUACAGGUUAAAUGAAAGUAUGGCUCGCUUUAAGUUCUUUCUACGAUCACAGCAGGAACAACACGACAGCGAUGAGUUCAUCUUGGACCUCACGUGUACAUCGGCAACUGCCUGUAGUGCGCCACCGGAUAAGAACACAAACGAGAUUCUAGCCGCGCUUAAAGGCUCGGUAUUCUUGAGUUCAAAGAUUCCUCGUCUGCUUGAUCGUCUUCAAGUGUCAACGAUUUUGAAUGAGCAAGAAUCUCAAAGAAGAUUCAUUCAAAGCUUGAUCAAAGUAUUCACGAGGUAUUUGAGGCACUUACCAAGCUCAUAUGCCGACCUGCCUUACUCUCAGUUGAAACAAUUUUUGGACCAGUCAAGUAUUGAUGAAAAAGAUGAUCUACAGAGAGAGUUAGAAGCUUUAAAGCAAACCAGAGAUGACCUCAUUAUAGCUGAAAGGCAGAAGCAUGGCAAACGUUACAUUGACAAGGCUGGGCAAAAACCUCCAAACGAUUUUAGAGACAUACCGAUUUGUCCCACAAACAAAGAAAUCACAUCUCAUGCACGGCCCUUUCUUCGAAAGAAUAUUUUAAAGGGAAGAUAUGAAGAUGCCGAGCACUACCUUGAUGUACAGUUUCGGUUGCUUAGAGAGGAUUUUCUUGAGCCACUUAGGGAAGGCAUCCAUGAAAUUGUCCACAACGUACCAAGAAAACAGCGCAAUCUGUUAAUGAAAUAUUACCCAGGGGCACGUAUUGUCGACAAGAAAUUUACGCCGUCCGGAAUCAUUUAUCAAGUACAAUUUGAUGUUUCUGGGUUGGAUACCAAAAGAUGGGCAAAUUCCAAACGACUUCUGUUUGGGUCAUUACUUUGUCUUUCAAACAACAAAUUUGAGACAAUGCUUUUCGCAACAGUUUCCAAACGAGAUCCAGAGGAAUUGGCAGAAGGUAGAAUUGAGAUUCGAUUCAUCGAGGACCAAGAUGUAUUGGGGGUGGAAAACCGUACAUGUGAGUAUCAAAUGGUUGAGUCGCCUGCCUACUAUGAAGCCUAUCGUCACGUUCUCAAAGGCCUGAAGGAAGUGGAUGAAACUACCAUGCCAUUCAAGAAAUAUCUGAUUGAAUGCAGUGAAGAUGUUGAUCCACCCGAGUAUCUGAGACGCGAGGAUUCUCAAGAACCAGUGUGCUAUAAUCUUAGGUUGGCAUUGGAUGUUCCGGAUGCAAUAAAUGCCAGUAGGGUACCUGUCCUGCAGCUCGAAGCCUGGCCUUCUGUUGAGAUCCUUCCACUGAACAGCUCCCAGCUUGAAGCAGUAAAAACAGCAGUUACAAAAGAGUUUUCUGUCAUUCAGGGACCCCCAGGAACAGGGAAGACGUAUGUUGGAGACAGAAUCGUUCGAUGCUUACUUGAGAAUCGAGCAGUCUGGGACCCUGAUAAAGUCACGCCAAUGCUUAUGGUCUGUUACACAAACCACGCUCUGGAUCAGUUCUUGGAAAAAGUAUUAGAAUUUCUUCCCAAAGAUCAGAUCAUACGUGUUGGAGGAAGAUGCAAAAGUCCGCUACUAGAAAAGUGUAAUCUGAAACUAUUUACUGACGAGUACAUAAUGCAUGAAAGACGAAGGGAAAUCAAAGAUCUGAUACACAGAAAAGUCUGGGAAAUGAGAGAGUGGAAGGAAUUACUUUCGAAAGCAGACAACGAGCUUUUGGAAUUCGGCGAUUUGGAAAAUCUGCUGGAUUCUGAACAUGCACAGCAGCUCUACGAUGCCAUAUUUCCUCCUAAUGCAGAAAACGAGUGUCGGACGCCAGACAACGCUUUCAAACUCUGGCUUUGUGGCAACAAGCAAAUGGACUCCUUCAACCGACCUAUGGUGGAGCAGGCGAGGACAAGGCAAGGCGGAUCUGUCCUUCAAGACAAUGAUGUAGGUGAAGACCAUAAAAUAUACUACUACGCUACUCUGUUAGCAGCACCACAUGACAAUGAUGAAGGCAGAGGCAGCAAUCCACUAUCACCUACGUCUCAGGAAGAACGCAAAGAAGACUCUCUUUACUGCGACGGACCGAAAGGCUUCUCAGCUCAACAAAGCAGCAAGCUGGCAGCAUCAGUUGGGUCUCAAGUUUCUCACACGUUGAAGGAAGUAGAAGAAAUCCAAGACAUCAAGUGGAUUAAAGACCCUCAAGGCUGGAAAAACAACGCUAAUGAAGGUGUUUAUAAAAUAGCAGAAGUUUUCGAGGAGACCAUCGAAGUAGAAAAGGAAGCUGAUUUGAUACAAGAUCAAAGAUUCAUACAUGGAGAUGAAGAUUUCCUGUCAGUUAUGUCGAAACAAUCACAUGACUCGAGUUAUCAGAAACAAGACCAGGAAGACAAGGAAGACCUAGAAGAGGGGUGGGAAACUGUAUCCUACAAGAAGAAGGGAAAAACAUUUCCAUGGCAGCAAACAACAGAUAAGAAUUCCAAAUACGGAAUGGGAAGCGCUCACGUUCCAAGAGAGAAAAGUACAGCCCAAAGAAACUCCUCAAAGAGAAACGAAAACAAGAAAAUAAAAAUAACAGCAGAUAUGAAAUCUUUGAAGCCGGAUCUGGGAAAAACAGUUGCGAUGCCUACUGAUGAGGCAAUGAGCGUUGACAACAUUUGGCUUUUAUCUCCUUCGGAUCGACGUCGGUUGUAUCUUUUUUGGAUAGAGAGCUACCGUGAACGUUUCAGGGCAGAGAUUCAAAGAGGAGAACAGGAGUAUGACCAACUUUGUCAAGAACAAGUGGCAGUUCGAUUUGAAGAAGAAGAGAACGUUAUACGUCGUGCAACUGUUGUUGGCAUGACGACCAGCGGUGCAGCGCGCUACCACUCAACCCUUCAGAGUAUUGCUCCCAGAGUUGUUGUAAUCGAAGAAGCAGCUGAGGUUAUGGAAGCUCAUAUCAUCACUUCUCUUUCACACGACACAAAGCAUACCAUUCUUAUCGGGGACCACAAGCAACUUCGCCCAAAGGCAACAGCAUAUGAGUUAGCCCAAAAAUACAACCUGUCGAUUUCGCUGUUCGAAAGAAUGGUGAUGAACAGUAUGGAUUGCAAACGUCUGUCUAUACAGCACCGUAUGCGUCCUGAAAUUGCUGCACUUACUAAACGAAUCUACGAUCACGAAAUUGUUGACCACAAAACGGUGUGCGAAUUCAAGGACAUAUCUGGCCUAACCCACAAUCUGUUCUUUCUUGAUCAUUUUGAGCUCGAGGUCCACAUAGACGGUAUGCAAAGUUACUCUAACCCUCACGAAGCCGACUUCUCAGUAGCCCUUUGCAAAUACCUUUUACUUCAAGGGUACAGACGAAACCAAAUAACAGUUCUCACCAUGUAUACCGGUCAGCUGUUACUUCUUCAAGAGAAGAUGCCAAGAAAAGCAUUUGGGGGAGUCAGAGUCUGUGCAGUGGACAACUUUCAAGGUGAAGAAAAUGACAUCAUUCUUCUGUCAUUAGUUAGAAGCAAUUUAGACCAGCGAAUUGGUUUCUUAAACGAGUCUAACAGAAUUUGUGUUGCAUUGUCCCGAGCUCGCCAUGGAUUUUACUGCAUUGGAAACUUCAAGCUACUGAAAAGCCAGAGCAAACUGUGGCAGGAGAUAUGUAACGAUUUAGAGACAAAGAACGCCAUCGGAGAGACUCUACUACUCGUAUGCAACAGACACAACAAUGUCACCAAAGUGAGAGCCUCGCAUGAGUUUGAUAUCAAAUUUGGAGGAUGCAAGAUGCCCUGUGGAGAACGUCUUGUUUGUGGCCAUGCGUGUGAAACACCAUGCCACGCUUCAGCCGACUUUCACGAAAAGGGCCACUGCUCUAAAUUGUGCUUGAUGAAAUGCAGUUCCAACGACCACCAAUGCCAGCAUAGGUGCCAUUAUCCAAGAAACUGUCCUGAGUGACUUCAAGAUAUGCUAAAGAC